UAUUUUUAAAAAAUGAAGAGGGAGUCAUGACUUUGAAGAUCACUUGCUUGAUGCAGAUUCUACUUUCUAACUGUUACUGGUCUGCUGCCGGUGCUUAAUUUCCUCUUUCUCUCCCUCACUUGCUCUUCCUUCCUCUCUAUUUAAACCCUCAACUAGCUUCAAAGAUUCACAAGCAAAAGAUAUAGAGAGAGAAAGGAAAGAGAUCUAGGUUCUAUCGGUGGGUCAUGGCUGCUACAUGCAAUCCUUCUUCCCAGCUGGUUAAGGUGCCCUGCUCCCUUGUGGUGGUGGUGAUGGCGGCUUUGGUGGUGGUGAUGGUGGCACCAGCGGCAGGGACAUCGUUCGAGCCGAGAUGCCAAUCGAUGUAUGGGCAGCUGAUGCCUUGCAUGGACUACACCAACUUCCUCAGAGGGGGGAGGAACUGGCCUUCCCCGGAGUGCUGCAGGGCCAUAAGGAACCUGCGGUCCACCCUCAGAGGAAGGGCCGACCGUCAAGCGGCCUGCCGCUGCCUCAAGGACCUCUCCGCCGGCUACGCUGCGGCGAUCGACCACAGACUCGUCAGCUCCAUCCCCAGAAAGUGUGGCGUCUCCCUCCCUUACGUUUCCCCAAACAUCAACUGCAACAGGGUGGCGUGAACUGCGCGGAGCAUGUCUACAAAUGGCGGUGGCUGUGAAGUAGCAUAGGGGAGAAUCAAGGUGCCGAU